UGGCAACUGGCGGAGCAUCAUAAAGUAUCGCGGGGUGGUAAAAGGAUAGAAGACCGAAGCCUGAACAUGUGUAGCCAAUGUCCAAUGUUACUUUUUUCUAACUAGACAACACGGCCGGCUGUUAACACUUGACAUGUGCCGCUGGCAAUAAGAAAGACCUGUCUGGGACUAACAAAAGAACUGAACAUGGCCGCCCACAGAAUCAAAACCACCAACAACAUAGCCCUACCCCGCUGCAAGUCAGAGGGCACUCUCAUAGACCUCAGUGAAGGAGUGACCGAGGCCACUCUAACAGAUGUCAAAGUGCUUUCUCCAAGUGCGUUGAGACUUGAUACAACUGCAUCAUUGGGUACUGCCAGGGAAGUUGUUGCCAUUAAGGACUACUGCCCAUCCAGCUUCACCACCUUAAAGUUUUCAAAGGGAGAGCGCCUGUUUGUGCUGGAUACAUCAGGGGGAGAGUGGUGGUAUGCCCAUAACAACACAGAGAUGGGCUACAUCCCAGCAGCGUAUGUUCAGCCUGUAAAUUAUCGGGACUCCUCGUUCAGUGACAGUGGGAUGAUCGACAGCGUAGGCGACUGCAGUGAAGAUGGGGCCAAGGAGCUGGAUCUCCUUGGAGAGUGGACAGGAGUGGUCCUGAAGCCUGUAGAACUUCAAAACGGAAACCCCUUUGCUGCCAGGACCUCAACUAACCCUUUCCUUAAUGGAAAUGCCCAAGAGUAUGUGGAUCAGAACAGCAACAGGAGCUCGGUUGACUUGCUGCUCUUUGACACCCUCACUCCUUCAGUCGCCAAUUCCACCAGCAGUAACAUCAACGUCAGUGGUUUUGAUCGCUCCAUGUUUGACACAACCGCCAGCACAGACAUGGCGUUUGAUAAAGACAACCCAUUUUUCAGGAGCAAACGCUCAUACAGUUUGUCAGAGCUGUCCACCUUGAGGGCCCAACGAGAUGCCCCUCAGGGGUACACAGGGUUCUUCGGUGGUUUAAAAGCUCCGGCACCAGAGCAGUUUCAAAGCAGGGAGGACUUCCGGACAGCUUGGCUGAACCACAGGAAACUCGCGAGGUCAUGCCAUGAUUUGGACUCUUUGGGGCAGAGCCCAGGAUGGGGACAAACACAGCCCAUAGAGACAAAUAUUGUUUGCAAGCUUGAUAGUUCAGGAGGGGCUGUUCAACUGCCAGACACCAGCAUCAGUAUCCAUGUCCCAGAGGGUCAUGUUGCCGUGGGAGACACUCAGCAAAUCUCCAUGAAGGCUCUCCUUGACCCACCACUCGAGCUAAACACUGACCGAUGCACCACGGUGAGCCCAGUGGUUGAGGUCAAGUUGAGUAACAUGGAAACAAAGACGGCAAUCACAUUGGAAAUGAAGGUGUCUGUCGUGGUGAAGAUGGACAGUAGACAAAUAGCCAAAGUGAUUUGCGUCCGGAGUGAUUGCAAAGAGGGUCCUUACGCUCCUGUGCCUGAGGUGUACAUGUAUGGCGACACCGUCCAGGUACGCCUUGAUAACCUUGAGCCCUGCAUGUACGUGUCGGUUGUAGCACAAGCCCAGUCGGUUGCUCCAUACACCUCAGUGUGGGAGCAUGUAGUAAAGAAGGUAACCCUUGGCGUAUACGGGCCCAAGCACAUCCAUCCAUCCUUCAAGACAGUGGUUGGCAUCUUUGGCCACGACUGUGCCCCCAAAUCCUUGAUGGUCAGUGAAGUUGGCAAACAAGCACAGUCGACGUCACCGGUUGCUCUCCAGCUGUGGGGGAAGCACCAGUUUGUGUUAGCGAAGCCGCAAGACCUGCAGGUGGGCGUGUACUCCAACAUGGCCAACUAUGAGGUCAAGGCCUUGGGGCAGGAGAGAACUGUGAGAGGCUUCCAGGUCAAGCUUGGAAAAGUGAGUCGGCUGAUCUACAUGAUUGCCACACGGACGGCAGGAGAUAUAUCAGACUUUACCCUGAGGGUCCAGGUCAAAGACUGCCAGGACUGUAUCCUCGCACAGUUUUGUGUUCAGACUCCCCAGCCGCCACCCAAAAUGGGGCCAAAAACCUCAGUCCAGAGGCGUUUCUUGAAGAAAAAGGAGGCGAACAAAAUCGUGCUGUCACCACUUGCCGUCACCACAAAAUACCCCGUGUUUCACGAGCGAAGGGUCACAAACAUAAAAUUUGGCAAAUUAAUCAAGACAGUGAUCCGACAGACCAAGAACCCCUAUCUGUUGGAGUACAGGAACGGAGACGUAGUAGCUCUUCUGAGCGAAGAGCGAAUUAAACUCAAAGGACAGUUUUGGACCAAGGAGUGGUUUGUCGGUUACUGUCACGGAAAGACAGGCCUGGUUCAUACCAAAAACGUGCUUGUGGUGGGGAAGGUGAAGCCAAUUUACUUCAGCGGGCCCGACCUGACAACCACCAUUCUCCUGGAACAGAGCCUGAAGACCUGCAAGUUCCUCACUUACAUCUAUGCCUCAGUAAGGACAAUAUUGAUGGAGAACGUAGGCAGCUGGAGGGCAUUCGCUGACGCCUUGGGGUACGUGAACCUGCCACUGACACAUUUCUGUCGGACCGAGCCAGACAGUGAGCCUGAGAAGGUGGCUUCUGUGCUGGAGAGACUGAAGGAGGACUGCAACAACUCUGAGGGAAAGGACAGGAAGUCCUUCCAGAAAGAGCUCAUGACUGCUCUCCUGAGGAUGGACUGUCAGGGCCUGGUGGCACGUCUGGUCAUGGACUUCGUGCUGCUGACCACAGCCGUGGAGAUCGCCGGCCGCUGGAGAGAGCUGGCCGACAAACUGACCAAAAUGUCCCGGCUGCAGAUGGACGCCUACGAGGCGCCGCAUCGGGACAGGAACGGAGUGGUGGACAGCGAGGCCAUGUGGAAGCCUGCCUACGACUUCCUGCUGACGUGGGCGGCCCAGAUCGGGGACAGCUACCGCGACGUGCUCCAGGAGCUCCACCUGGGCCUGGACAGGAUGAAGAACCCCAUCACCCGCCGCUGGAAGCACCUGACCGGCACGCUCAUCCUCGUCCACUGCCUGGACCUGCUGCGGAGCUCAGCCUUCUCCUCGCCGCACCAGGACGACUGUGCUAUUUGAGCGACCUCCUCCCCCACGCCCCCCCACCCCCCAGGCCUGACACCCGGCCCCUUCCUCGCUACUCACUGCACUUUCACAGACCUCAUCCCCCACCCCACCCCCCCCCCUGCUUUAGACUGGCCCCAUCUCUGCAUUUACUGUAGAUUAUACUCAGCUUAUACUCCACAUUUUAUACCCAAUGCUCAAUCCUUCUCAGAGCUCCACAAUGACGACAAGUACUCUUCAUGUUCAGAAAAUCGUGCAUGUGCGUGCAACCUAUUCUUCUUCGUUCGUCUUUGAAGAAGGGGUUUGUCCACUUGUCUUGUCCACUAACUUUCAAAACAGCUGGUCUUGGUUUUUCAAAGACCCCUGUAACUGCUGCAGAGAAGUCUGUCCAACUAGCCAUGGUGUAGGCAAAGAGGAAUUCAGACUAUUGAGUAUGCACGAUCACUUGUUAUCACUGAUCUGAUAUAGAGAUUGUACAGAAGUGUUUAACGGAGCUCUUUGUCCUGACUGCUAGGCUAGCAUUCAUGGCAAAAGUCUCCUUUUCAAAGUAUGAAAGACUUCUUCUUGCAAAAGGCUGUUACCAAAUCUGCAGUAUUCAGAUAUUUGUAUUGUUUCUUUCUGACACAGGAUAUAUAUUUUUUGAAUAUAGCACAAAAUACUUUUUGAACCACUUUGACACUUUUUUGAUGUUAACUAAAUACACUGUAAGAGAGAAUAAUACUAAAAAAACAUGAUAUUAUCAUUUAUACAUCAAAUAUUUAUCAAGUAUAUAUGGCAGCCAAAUAUAUAUUGUGUUUUAUGUAUGUAAAAGUUUACGGUUUAUGUGUUUCAAGUUAAUCUGUUACAGAGAACCUCUCCCUUUCCUUCCUUCCACCAAAACCCAAUUAAUUUAGGUAAACUGUUUUCUUCCUUGACAGUUUUGUACAUUUGUAUCAAACAUUGAUGAUCAAGAUGUUUUUUAAAGAUGAAAUGCUUUAAAUGUGUAUGUCAAAACACUGUAAUUUUAAAGGCCAAGGAUGUCUGGAAAAAAACAUGUUUAUGCAUUUCAUUGUGCUGGAUUCAGUGCUGUGUACUGUAAGCUUAUUUAGGACGUUCAUUUGUUGCAUGUUUAUUGGACUACAGUACAUACCAUCAUUUGGAAUAAAAUAUUAGCCUUUA